AUGGCCGUAAAUUUGAGGACGUUCGUGGCAACUUUCGCCGUUGGUUUAGUAUUUGGGGCGACCUUCUGUAGCGUAUUUGUUCACUUCGAAACCGUUAAGUCUACCGGUCGUAGCAAGGAAUUUUCAGUCUCGAAAAUUUUGUCUGAGGAUCCGUAUGGGCAUGUUGACAUCGACGAAGAAAAUGAGGUAGGAUGCAGAAAUCCUAGUCACAUCAUCAUUCCUUAUUUGGAAUUCUCAUUUCCUAAAAAGAAAGGAUGUACAUACCCAUGUCACAUCAUCAUUCCUUAUUUGGAAUUCUCAUUUACUAAUAAGGUAGGAUGUAGAAAUCCAGGUCACAUCAUCAUUCCUUAUUUGGAAUUCUCAUUUCCUAAAAAGAAAGGACGUGAUGAUAGCAUUGCUAAAAACUUAGAAAACAGAGUUAGAGUGCUGGUAUGGGUUGCCACAUACCCUGCAAACAAAGAAAGUAAACUGAAACAUGUGAAAGCAACUUGGGCAAGGAGAAUUGAUAAAGUACUAUAUAUGAGUUCGGAAGAAGAUAAGAGCUUUCCAACUAUUGAUUUAAAAGUUGUCGAAGGAAGGAAUGCACUUUGGGCAAAAACGAGAGCAGCUUUCCAGUACAUUUAUGAUCACCAUCUUGAUGAUGCUGAUUGGUUUAUGAAAGCUGAUGACGACACGUACGUUGUCGCUGAAAAUUUGAGAUAUUUUCUGUCAGAUAAAGAUCCAACCCAGCCAUUGUAUUACGGCCGGAGAUUUAAGCCAUAUGUUGCACAAGGUUACAUGAGUGGCGGUUCUGGGUAUGUGAUCAGUCGCGAAGGACUGAAACGACUGGUGGAGAAAGCCUUCAAAGACACAAAAAAAUGCAAGGGACCAUCUAAUAAUGGAGCUGAAGAUGUAGAAAUGGGCAGAUGCCUGGACAGUGUGGGUGUUAUCGCUUCUGACAGUCGUGAUUCAAAUGAACGGGAAAGAUUCCAUCCAUUUGUACCUGAUCAUCUAUUGGUUCCUGAUACACUACCUAAAAAUUUUUGGUAUUGGCAAUAUAUAUAUUAUAAAACUCCACAGGGUUUGGGAUGCUGUGCUGAUCAUACAAUAACCUUUCAUUACGUUGGCCCCAACUUGAUGUACUCGCUGGAAUACUUGUUAUAUCAUCUCAGACCAUUCGCUGUGGAAAAAAGUGUAUGUCAAGCUGUGACUCCAGCCGUGUCAUAAAAUUGAACCAGUACACAGUGCAAUAAACGAUUAAUGGGAACAACUUCACCUGUUGAGUAGAAGCACACAGCAGAACCUCUGAAAACAAAUAUUAGUGUUGUAUAUUCUUCAGUACUAGAAAUCUAGGUCAUCACCUGGAUAUGUUAUUUUACUAUGAC